AUGUGUCUGAGCAGGCAUAAGCUGGUGGAUCGUGUGACUCCGAGACCAGGUGACACAGGCCACAUGUGUGCUAAAACCCCAUCCUUCUCUUCCACAGGGUGUGUGAGACAUGACCUGGUCCCCUUGGUGCUGCAGCUGCUUUUCCUCAUUCUCUUCUCUGGGGUCCUUGUGGCAUUUCUUCUCCAAGUUCCAAAGGUUCCCUGCACCCAGGAUCAGGAGAUCUACCAGGAGCUCAUGCGGCUGAAGCCUAAAGUCGACUCCCUGUGCCGUCCCUGCUCCCAGGACUGGAUGUUCUUCAAUAGAAAUUGUUACUUUUUCUCCAUAACUAAACGUAACUGGAGUGAUUCCCUCAGUGCUUGCCAAGAAGUGGGGGCCCAACUAAUCAUCAUUGAAAGUUAUGAGGAGCAGGACUUUCUACAGAAGAUGUUUAAGAUUAAAGGCGGUUUCUGGAUUGGGUUGUCAGACAUGAAACAUGAAGGAUCAUGGCAGUGGGUGGAUGAUUCACCUUUGUCGCCAAGCUUUAAACAAUAUUGGACCUUAUGGAAAAAUGAAGACCAUUCAGAGACUGACUGCGCAGAACUGACGGAUCAUGGUUGGAAUGAAGAAAACUGCAAAAAUGAGAAAUUAUGGAUCUGCAAGAAGUCCCCAGCAUCCUGCUCCAACAACUGAUGUCCAGGUUCUCCCAUCAGCCCUCACAGCUCCAAUCUCCCUGACAGAUGACUGAAUUUCAUCCACACUUAGACCAAUUCCUUCUCCCUGUUUUCAGGCAAGGAGCUCUUAGCAAUAGCUCAGCUGUUAUCUUCUAUCAGGUCCCUCAUCCUCUGGGAGGCUGAUCCACUGCUGCCUUCCCUCAGAUAUAUCCAGACCCUACUUGGCUUAGUGGUUACUGUUCUGGCCUUUGCUUACAAUUUAAUACAAUGACUAAGUGUGGGAUAUUCUCAGGGACUAUGUGGUUAUCUUUAAAAUGCUGUCUUCCUUGCUGAGAUUAGAUAGCCUGCAUUUCUAUGUUUAGCUCCCCAGUACCAGAGGCUCUACACUAUCCCAUCCCUGCAUCCUUUCCUUUCAUUCAUUUGUCUUCUAUUUCUCUCCCCUGUACACAUUUACUGGUGAUUGUUCCCAAUUACUUCAGCUCUGAUGGCAGCCUGAUAGCACCAGGGAAUUAAUUCACCAAUCAAAUGAUGCUUUAAGGAUCAACUUUUGCUUCCAUUGGUGGUAGUGUGGCAGAUGUGUCUCCCACAUCUCUCUUCAAAGAAGGACAUGUUGCCAUCACAGAGAUACUUACACAAGUUUAUUGCCCCCACUAUUCAUAAAAAUUAAAUUAUGGAAUCUACACUAUGGCCAAUAAUGGAGGAAUAAAGAAAGUUUUUUGUUGCUGUGAUAAAUACCAUGACCAAAGGUAACUUGUGGAGGUCAGGGUUUAUUUCAUCUUACGGCUUCAAAGGAAGUAAGGGCAAAAACUCACUCCCCAUGGCUUACUCAGUCUGAUUUCUUAUACAUCCCAAGACUGCAUGCCCAGGUAUAGUACCAGCCUUAGUGUCCUUCCCAUAUCACCACCAAUAAAGAAAAUGCCCUACAGACUUGAAUGCAGGCCAAUCCUAUGGAAGUAUUUUCUCAAUUAAGAUUUUUUUCUCAAAUUACCCUAUCUUGUGUCAAGUUGACAUAAAAACUGGCCCAAACAACAGAAUAGGAUGUUUCUCCAUCAAAAGUCAACAUAAUUUGAAGGAAAAUGGAUGCAACUAGAGAUAAUCACAUUAAAUGAUUCCAACCAGUCUCAGAAAGAUAAAUACCAUGUAUGCUACCCCAUUCAUAGUUCCUAUAUAGUCACAUAAAUCAUGUAUGUAUAUUUUAAAUAAAAGUGGAAA